AGUUACCAGGUCAUAAAAUACCUUAAAAAAAUCUCCGACAUAGAUAGAUUUUGAUUAUAGAUUAUACACAUAAUAUAUUCGAAUUUUGAUUGAGAGCAUAGAUUAAACAGCUGCAGCAAUACCUAAUCGAGAGUCUCCAAAUAAAUAAAGCGAAAACAAUAAAUAUUUCUUCCUAAAUUUAAUGAGUAAUAUAGAGCAAGGAAGUAAUGGGGGGGCCAAUAUUAAACCUGUAGCUCGACCAAGUAUUCAUUAUCACAAAGGCUAUUGCCCAUUUGCUUGUGGGGAAUUCACAAUGGAUGGGAAUAGAGUUUCCAGAAGUAUAUCACCAAUUGGAGAGAAUUUGGCUAACACAGAAGGCUAUGGGCAAGAUGAACUUGAUAAUACUAUCAGUAAGCAUGCUCAUCCAAUAGACGUACCUAGGAAGCCCAUAACUAGAAGGCAGAGUUCAGUUGAUCCCCAAAUAGAAAAUCGUUUUUGUAAGAAUGAGAGUGAAAUUCUUUCAAAAUCUUUACCUGCCUAUUUUCCGUCUCAUCUUGAUUUCAGUAGCAAUUCUGAAAUGGAAAACAGUGAACUACAUUUGAGUAAUGUUUCUAAUAGUUCAUCGAACACUAUUAGAAGCAGAAGUUAUUUUGAUGAGAGUCAAAAUGAAACUGGAUCUUUUACAAAACAUCAAGAAAGUUUUUAUCGUGAACAAGAGACUAAGAAUAGCUUCAUAGUUCAGACAAGCAUAGUCAUUUCUGCUUUUGUUAUGAUUAUUUUUAGUGUCAAUUAUAGUAACGUUUUAAAUAACAAGAAUGAAAUACUUCCAUCUAGUAUUAAGUAUGAUAAAAAUAGUUUUAAUCGUGAUAUGUACAAUUUAGGAGAAAAGUACAAUGUUGAUGAGGAUUCAAUUCUCCAAUUGCAAACAGGGAUAUCAUCGAUUUCAGAAAAAAAAGACACCGAUUCAUUUAUAUUUGUUUAUAACAGUAAAAAUAUGGAAUUUGAUUCCAAUGCCUUCAAUGAAUUUAUAAAUGAAGUCGCCUUGGUCUCAGCAAAAUUUUUGCGUAAUGAAAGCUCAACAGUCCGCCACAUAGUUGUAGAUACUUCCUCUCUUGUGCUACAAGAUUCGGCGGAACUUAUUACUAAGUAUAUGGAUGAGGUAGCUAAAGACGGUGUAAUGUUAAUGACUAAAAUAGACUCUCUACCAUCAUCAUUAGCUAUGGCUUUACACUAUUAUUGCGAUGAAUACAAUCCUUUAGCUAAAAAAAGUGCUAUAUUCUUCACAUUAGACCUCAGCAAUUGUUCAGAUCAAAUGCCAACUCAUAGUCAUGUAGAGAAAUGUCUUGCAAGCAAAUGGAAGAGUGUCCCAUCAGCCAACAUCGGUCCCUUGCUAAGUAGAGUUGUUAGCGUACUAAUUGAUGUUACCAGUACUUUUUAAGCUAAAACCACUAUCCAAUUGAACUGAUGGUAAUAAGUAAUAAUAAAUAAUAUAUGAGUGCUGUUCAUUUCCUGGUAGUAGGCACAACCAUCCAGCCUGUGCCUAUUGUGAAGUAUAUAUGCAUACAGGUUUGAAAAAUGAGAUGGCCAUGAAAUGUGGAUAACAACAUUAAAGUUUUAAUAUCUAAAAGUUCCAGCAACAAAUUAAUGAAAGUGCUGAGCUUAUUUUCAAAUAUUUUGCAGAAAUUACUAAAGGGUUUCUUUUGAAAAAAGUACCUUAUAAAAAAUGCAACUUAAGAAAAACAAAAAUCAAUGCAAAAUUUACCAGCAAAAUAUUUUAAUACUUUAUUUAUAAAUGUUAUUAAAAUCGUUAUACUACAAUUCGUAUAGGUCAAUACCUAAUGCCUUUAAUCAAACUGCACAAAUAGUCAGUAUUCUGAUGCUUCGAAUUUUAUACGAAUUAAUAGAGAGUCGAUCUAACGACAGUAUGCGCUCAAAGGGUUCAGUUAACUGAAGCUGGUUGGACGAUCUAUGCAAUAGUAGUACUUACCCUACAGGAAUGUAACAUGUAUAUUAUAACAUAUUUAUGAUUGAAAAUGUUAUUACCACAGUGAACUUAUUGGGUAUUUGUUACUAUUACAAAAACAUAAUUAAGAAAAUUAAAUACCUAUAUAUAUUAUUAUGUAUUUAUUCUUGAUGAGAGUGUAGCGAUUGCAUGUUUCAAUGAAUGUUUAAAUAUAGUGAGAUUGCUUGUGAUAUAAUUGUUUUGUUUCGAAGCCAAGACACAUAAUGUUACUUACUUCCAAUAUAAUUUUAGCCUAGUUAAUUAAUUAUUUUAUAAAUAUCUUAUUUUAAAUUUAUUUACUCAGUCAGAAGUGCAAGAAUUGUUAGUAAAAUAAUGUGCAACGAAAUUCCUGUUCGAUGAAGAGAAGCUUUGAUUAUUUGCUGGGUGUCAAUCUGUUGUUACCAACAUUAAACCUUUGUCUUCACAAAAACAUUUUGAUAUUUCUAAAAUGGUUGCCCCAGAUUUGAAUGGUUCUCCAGUUAAAUUUAAUUUUAUGAAAAUAAUUGUGACAGGUACCUAAAUAGAAUCAUAAAUUGAUAUUAAAUAAUUUCCAAACUGAGUGGGCAGGGUCUUAUUUCACAUUGAAUUUAUUAAUUUUAUUAAUCAUGCAUAAUAAAUUGUGAUAAUUCUUGUUACAUUAAAUUUUUUGUAAAUACAUAAUUUUGUUAUAA